AUGAGCUUUAUUCAAUACACACUUUAUGGAGAAAUCAUUUGUUCUUUGAACGCUAGAAGGAAAGGAAAUAAAGAUGUAGACGAGUUAACAAAGGUUGAAUCUCAAACAUAUAUAACAAGAAAGUCUAAAGAGGAUGAUACAGGUCAAAAGGAUAUAAUUGUUACGUGGGAUGGAGAACACGAUCGAGAGAACCCAAAGAAUUGGCCGAGAGCAGUAAAGGGGUUAAUUACGCUUCAAACCUGCUUUCUUACAUUUUCCGUGUAUGUUGGCUCAGCAAUCUAUACGCCUGGCGAAAUUGAGAUGAUGGGUGUGAUGCACGUCGGCGAGGUCCCCAUCACUUUAGGCUUAACAAUGUUUGUUAUCGGUUAUGCCGUAGGGCCAUUGCUUUUUUCUCCUCUUUCAGAAUUGCCAAAGAUAGGUCGAUUGAGGAUUUAUUUGGCAACACUCUUGGUUUUCAUUUGUCUUCAAAUUCCUACCGCUUUGGGAAACAGUCUAGGCGUAUUGCUACCUAUGCGAUUCUUGGCUGGCUUCUUUGGGUCACCUGCUUUAGCUACCGGAGGUGCCACUUUGGCUGACAUUUGGCAGCCAUGGCUUCUUCCCUACUUUAUUUGCUUGUGGUCAGUAGGAGCUGUCGCUGGUCCUGUCUUAGGUCCAUUGCUCGGCGCCACAAUGGUUGUAGCAAAAGAUUGGAGAUGGCAAUUUUGGUUCUUGAUGAUGCUUUGUGCUUUCAGUUUUCUUUUUCUAUUCUUUUUGAUGCCAGAGACUUCGGAAUCCUAUUUGCUCUACAGACGCGCAAAAAGGUUGAGAGAAGUGGAGGAUGAUCCAAGAUAUACCACCGAAGCUGAAGUAGCGAAUCGCGAAACAAAAUUUUCCCGUUUGGCUCUUGAAACACUUUGGCGUCCUAUCCAGCUCAGUAUCGCUGAACCAAUUGUUUUCUCGUUAAAUAUUUAUAUUGGCUUGAUUUAUGCCAUUCUUUAUCUAUGGUUUGAGGCAUUUCCAAUCGUUUUCCAGCAAGUUUAUCAUUUUUCAAUAAUAGAAAGCGGACUCACAUAUAUGGGUUUUAUGGUGGGAGUUGCCAUCGCGCUGGUGUACUACUAUAUCGCUCUUUACAAAGUUGCAAUGCCAAAGUUCAAGGCCACCAACGGCAAGAUACCCCCUGAAGAAAUUUUAAAAUUCGAUUUUCCAGCAACUUUUUGCUUUCCUAUAUGUCUUUUCUGGUUUGGUUGGAGCAGUCGUGCAUCUGUUCAUUGGAUGGCACCAAUCGCCAGUACGGUAUUCUAUUCCAUGGGUGCUUUUGUAAUGUUUCAAAGUACUUUCCAGUAUCUCGCCGCUUGUUACCCGAAAUAUGUUGCAUCUAUAUUUGCCGGAAACGAUUUGUUUCGGUCAGGUAUGGCUGCUGCAUUUCCUCUCUUUGCUCGAGCCAUGUUUAACAAUACAGGACCGUCUUAUGCACCCGUCGCUUGGGGAUGUACAAUUUUGGGCGUCAUUUCUUGUAUAAUGAUUCCAAUACCCUUUGUUUUGUACAAGAUAGGUACCAAGUUAAGAUCAAGAUCGAAAUUUGCGACUUCGGAAUAA